AUGAAGACUGCUCCACACCAAAAGCUAGUUAUGGUUGGAGAUCGCGACGGGUAAAUAUCUAUUGUGCCUGAAAUUUUGUACUCUAUUCUUUAUUAUAUUCUCUGACUAAAAUAUUAACUUUGAGCUGUAUAUACUUCUCAUAUAUCAUUUUCUUAUUACUUGUAACAAUGUUUUGAUGAAAUCAAUAAGUAACUUUACUUUCAGGCUGAAAGAAUUGCUACGUCGUCGAUUAAUUGAAUGUGGAUGGAGAGAUCAAGUAAAAUUAAUCUGCAAGGAAUUAAUAAAAGAACAUGGUGUUGAUAUUACAUAUGAUAAAUUGCUUUCGAUGGUUACAACUAAAGCAAGAACACUUGUUCCAGAUUCCGUUAAGAAAGAACUCUUACAGAAAAUAAAAAAUCAACUUAUUGCUCAAGAAGAAAAACUAAAAAUGUAAUAGUAAAAAAUAUUAAUUCAUCAACUUCUAUCAAUUUUGUUCGCUGAGAUGUAUAAAUACAAAUGUACAAAUAUAAUUAUAUUGUUUUAAUAUACAUUAUGUAUUAUAUAUACACUGUCAUAUAUCACAAUUUUAGAUUUAAGUUUGUAUUCAAGUAUAUGAUUUUUUAAUUGAAAUUAUAGAUUUAAUUUCAUCAUAUAUAAACCUUGUGUAUACCUCAUAUAAUUGCAUCUAAUAUACACUGCUUCUUCGCACCUCAUUUAAGAAUUGCUAUUCUAUUUUUGUUUAUAUUUUUCAUAUGACAUUAUCAGUUUAAUAUAGUAAUAGUUUAAAUUAGAACUUUCUUUUUGUGAAAUAACAAAAAGAAUACAGAGUAGGAUAUUUAAAAUUAAUUUUAAAUUUAAACUUUAUAUAACUUACAGUACAAUUUACUUGAAGACCAAUGUUAGAAUACACAUACAUAUAUAUUAAUUUUACAACUUUUUUCACAAAGUUCAUAUAUUAGAUCCAUCUUAACCACAGUUUAUUUAAUUUUCUACAAAAAUUGAUUAGAAAGAGAUACCAGAUGAAACUCAUCAAAAGAAUUAA